AUGCUUAACGUCAAAUUGUAUAAUAAAUCAAAUUCUCUACAGAAUACUAAUGCAUUGAAGUAUCUAGAAGAAUAUAAGAAUAUAAUCAAUUGGAAAACCGACUCAACGAUCCUUGACAUUGGUUGUGGCGAUGGGAGAUUGACAUCAAAAAUAUUCAAAGAAGUAAUUGCUACUUGCAAGACCAUGACGGGCUGUGACAUAAGUGAAGAUAUGAUACGAUUCGCAAAUGAACACUAUGCCUCGGAACGUGUUGAUUUCACUACCCUUAACAUAGAGGGAGAGCUGCCCGAUCAGCUAAGGGAACGUUUCCACCAUGCCAUUUCCUUUUUUGCUUUAAACUGGUGUCUUCGUCAAGAAACUGCGUUCCAGAACAUAUACGAUAUUCUUAAGGACCAAGGCAGUUGUUUUGCGAUUGUCGUAGGAAAAGUAUCUAUAUUCGAUGCACAAAGGUCCCUUGCUAAAGCCGAAAAAUGGAAGCCAUGGGUUACUGACGUUGAAAGAUAUAUAUCUCCAUACCAUGACAGUCAAGAUUCCCUUAAAGAUAUGCAACAAUUAUUAGGCAAAACUGGAUUUACUAUAAUAAAAUUGGAACACAAAUUAAUAUUUCACGAGUAUGAAAAUCUAGAGAAUUUCAAAGGUAGGUCUUGUCGUCGAAUGGGAAAAGAGACACAGACACGGUAA